CCUCCCUGGACGAUUUAUGGGAAAUUCCGUGCACGUAAUUUAAACCAAUUUCGACUGUUUGGGAUUAAGGAGUUGCCCGGUUAAUGGCUGUCAACAAAAUCUAUAUGCUUGUCAACAAAUAUUGCUUUGACGGAUGUAUAAUGUGGUUGUAGACAAUAACAAGCUGUCUUUUAUUUUCCAUCACCCCGCUGGUGUUGUUACGCGGGUUUAAUAACUCGUUAGCUCGCUGGAGCGCAGGCCACAUAUCGUUAGCUUCUUUGGGCUAACGUUAGUUAGCGCGUUAGCCGUGUUCACUCAUUUCUGCUGCUUAGUUGGCAACUCAGUGGCUAACUGACAACAUUAGCUCUUCAGCACUCGAGGAUUCACAAGAACGCCUCUUCUUUGCUGUCUUUACAUAUUCUAAAGUGAUAAGCAGCUGAUGUUCUGCCUGUUUCCUCUCAACGCAAACUUUGAUAUGCUCUGCAUUCAUACUUGGACUCAAGGAAUGCCUGACAUAUCUCUGCAAAACCACCUGGAGUGGACGCAAAGGAUGGAAACCGAUGCCAGACACCGCCUCAGUUUUACCAGCUAGGGUCGUGUGCAUCUGUCUUUCUCUCAAGGAACGUGCUCCUCUAUGCUUGGAUUUAAGGAAGAUUUCCAUAUGAUGUCUUCGUCCUGAAUUGUAUCACCCUUGGAUUGUCUGCUAUACCUUCCCUGUCUAUAAAAGCAGUUAAUGUCUAGUUUAAUCUAUAUGUGUAAAGCCGUGUUGUGGAUAAGCCAUUCCCUCCACUCUCUUUCUCUCUAAAUUCCUCUCCUCCAUCCCAUUCCCCGUGCCCCUGUUGUUAGUUGUUUUGGCGCCUCUGUGAUUUUAUGGCAGUGGAGUAAUCGUGGAGAGGCCGGGGUAUCACAAGCUUAUGGAUUUUGAUAAGAGAGGAGUAGGAGGUGGAGGAAAAGGAGAGGCGGAGGAAGGAAAGAGAAUGUCUAAGACUGGUGGGAGCAGGACAGGGCAUGGGGGUGGCCGAGGCUCUGGGUCCAACUCUGGGGUGCUUAUGGUUGGCCCUAAUUUCCGAGUGGGAAAGAAGAUCGGCUGCGGGAACUUUGGCGAGCUUCGACUCGGGAAAAAUCUUUACACCAAUGAAUAUGUGGCCAUUAAACUGGAGCCAAUCAAAUCCAGAGCACCCCAGCUCCAUCUCGAGUACAGGUUUUACAAACAGCUGGGGAACUCAGAGGGUGUUCCUCAGGUGUACUACUUUGGGCCUUGUGGGAAGUACAAUGCCAUGGUGCUGGAGCUGCUGGGUCCCAGUCUGGAGGACCUGUUUGACCUCUGCGACAGAACCUUUUCCCUCAAGACCGUCCUCAUGAUCGCAAUUCAGCUGAUCACACGGAUGGAGUAUGUGCACACAAGAAGUCUGAUCUACAGGGACGUUAAGCCCGAGAACUUUUUGGUGGGCCGGCCAGGGACCAAGAGGCAACAUACAAUCCACAUCAUCGACUUUGGGCUUGCCAAAGAAUACAUUGACCCUGAGACCAAAAAACACAUCCCUUACAGGGAGCACAAGAGCUUAACAGGGACAGCUCGCUAUAUGAGCAUCAACACACACCUGGGGAAGGAGCAAAGCAGACGGGACGAUUUGGAGGCGCUGGGUCAUAUGUUUAUGUACUUCCUACGAGGCAGUCUGCCCUGGCAAGGUUUAAAGGCUGACACACUGAAGGAGCGCUAUCAGAAAAUUGGAGAUACCAAAAGGGCAACCCCUAUAGAAGUGCUCUGUGAGAGCUUCCCUGAAAUGGCCACCUACCUGCGCUACGUCCGGAGACUGGAUUUCUUUGAAAAACCGGAUUACGACUACUUGAGAAAGCUCUUUACAGACCUCUUUGACAGAAAUGGUUAUGUCUUUGACUAUGAGUAUGACUGGGUCGGCAAGCCGCUGCCGACUCCAAUAGGACCCAUGCCUAGUGACACACCUCUGCAGCCCAGCAGCAGAGACAAAGCACAACCCCAGACCAAAAACCAGUCUCCAGAACCUAAAGGAAGUGAGUCCCAGCCCACUCCUGUGACCAACAGGGAGCUCCUGGGGUCGCACCUCACGGCCGAUAGGCUGGGGGGCUCUGUCCAGGUUAUGAGCUCAACCAAUGGAGAAGUGAAUACAGACGAUCCCACGGCGGGACACUCCAACGCUCCCAUAACUGCCCCUGCUGAAGUAGAGGUGGCUGAUGAUACAAAGUGCUGUUGUUUUUUCAAGAGGAGGAAGAGGAAAACGCUCCAGCGGCACAAGUGAGGAGAAAAAACAUCUUUGAAACAUUAAGAGUCACUGGUGCGUUUAAAGUAAAAAACAAAAGCAAAGGACUUGAGCUGAAACGUGGAGUUCUCUCCCUUUCUGUCUCUGCUCCACCUCAGAACAGAAACUCACUGCCUCACUUUUGGCAUCUGCUCAGAGAGGACACACAUCAGUACUCCGGGCUCUGACACUCUUUGUAAGGAAACAAUUCAGUGGAACAAAUAAAUAUAUUUGUACAAUGUGGGACACCAGAAGAGACUUCAGUGGUCAGAAAUAAGAUGAUAUAUGUUAUGUGACUUAAACCCAGAUGGACUGUUUAAUCUUGUAUUUUAGAUGACACGCAAACCUGUUAUUUGAGAACUAAAAGGCAACCAGACUCACACUUACACACAGACAUCCGUUCACUUUGACACUGGCUGGAUGAGUGAGUGAUGUGCUCCAUGGUGUUUUUGUUUUUUAUGGGAUCAAAAUAGGUGGGGAAAGACUUGUUGUUGACUGACGUAUGGAGAAAAGUACACCGAUUCAGACAACAAAUGUAAAUUCUGUCUUUCCUUUUUGUUUUGUAAUUUAAAAAGUUGUUUUGAAGAUCUUCUUUCCCAGGUUUACUCAUGUUGUAGAAUGUGUGAACAUUUUUUUUAACCGCUCUUAGUGUUUCUUUAUUUUCUCUUCUUUUUUUCUUUUUUUUUUUUACUUGCUCUCUUUUUUCCUGUCGAUGUGGAUGAUGUUGUUGUAGCACAGUGGCUGGUCUCAGGUACUGUGGGAGAUGGAGAGAAAAAAAUGCAUUGGAUCUCUCCUAUGUGAAUUGCACUUUUGGGGGGAGAAAAGCAAACCGGUUGGCAUUGAAAUUAACAGAAAGCAAAAGAAAUAAAGGCAGACGUUGGAUCAUUUAUACAGCAGGCUGGUCUCUCCCAAAGGGACAGAAGUGAUUCUCUCAGUCAAAAUUGUGCUUUUUCUUUGUUUUUCGCUUUAGAUUAAUUUACCUGGGAAUCAUAGUUUGUGCCUUUCCAAGUAAAACAUUUAACACUAAUGUGUCCCUCUCUACGAUUCCUAUCCAGGUGAAGUGACCAUGGCCCUCUCAGAUUGUUUGUUCUCUACUGUGCGCUCCAUGCCAGUCUAAUGGAGCCUGUUGGCAUUUCUUAGAUUUCUUUUUCACUGUUGUAAAGUGCAUCACAGCAAAGCUCCAUGAAGACAUGAGUCUGUGGGUUUAUACGCAGUAACAGAGGUUCAGAAUGAGGAUGUGUAUUGAUUUACAUGCCUAUUAAAUGUUGCUUUUCUUCUAUGCCUCA